AAUGCUUCUGAAUCAGAAUUCCAACCUCAUGAUUUUAUUAAAAAACUUAAAAAAUGGACAACUGAUUCAUCUGAAUUUAAUUAUUAUAGCAUUGAAGCUAUUUCUGAACUAGAAUUACACAUUCGCACCUUAGUUUCUCUUAUAGAAGUAAUUUGCAAAGGUGAAAUUCGGAUUCGACAUGAUUUGAGAGAAAAAAUUUAUACUCAAUUAGGAAAAUUUGCUGAGAUACACUUUCGAUCAACUGAAGUUAAUGAAGAAGGUUUUAAUAAAGUUUUUAAAUCAAAAUUUGAUGAGUUUAAUCCACGUUCAAAUGACAAUAAAAUUCGUAAGGAUGGAAAGCGUAAUUACAAUAUUGAUUUCUUGUUGUUACACUUGCGAGAUACUCUUCAUUGUAUGAAAGAUGAUGAAAAUAAAUUUUUGGAAAUAUGGAACAGAAUAAAAGCACUUCUUCAUGUAAUAUUAGGUAUUGCGCCAGGAAUUGCAAAAACAGGUGGCACUGAUUUACCAAUAAACAAUGGUAAAGAGCCACUUGCAUUUCCACAUUCUUUAUGGUUUGGAGCUCUUGAUAUUACACAAGACUUAAUUGCAAAAACUCAAAGAGAUUCAACGUUAGGCAUUUGUUAUUAUUUAGCAUUAGAAUCUUUGCAAAAAGCACCUUCAUCUUUUAUUCGUUUCAAGGCUAUAGAAAUUCUAAUUAAAUUGUCAAAAAGAAAUACGCUACUUUACAACAUUAUUGAAAAUGAUUUUAGAGAUUAUAAAUACUUUUUAGAUUCAGUAGAGGGGUCAAAAUUACAUUAUAUGAUUGAAGCAAUUCAUGUAAAAAUUUCACAAGAUGAAAAAUUAGUAGACACUAGCAAAGAUAAUAUAAAUAAUUUAAAAGAAAAAGAAAAGGUUAUUACAACGUAUGGAUUAACAUUACCUUAUACUAUUGCUCCAAGUGAUGAUUUGAUUUCAGAUAUUGUCACUACAGAAUUAUCUUGUCCAGUAACCUAUCAAAUUCCGAGCAAUUUUCAAAUUUUACCUUGUGAACAUUUAAUUAGUCCUGAGGCAUUGCAACAAAUUAUUAAUAAAACAUCCCAACCAACUUGUCCAUUAUGUCGGAAAAUAAUUGAUCUAAAUUCUGUAAUUAAUUUGCCACAGUCAGCAAUUUAUCAAGGAAUUCGUAAUUAUUUGUCUGAAGACAAUAACAAUAAUGUUGUUCAAGAUCACAAUAAAAAUAUUUCUGAUGAAA